AAAAGUAAGAAGUUGUGUUACAUGGGACAUCGUUGUCUCCUUGAUCAAAAUCAUCCAUUUCGAAGAUGUAAGGCUGCAUUCAAUGGUAAAGUUGAAGAGAUACCGCCUCCAAAAAUACGAUCAGGGGCUGAUUUGCUUUAUCAAAUGCGAAAGAUCAAAGUAACUUUUGUAAAGCAUAAUAAGAUGCCUAAGUGUCGUAAGAGAAAAAGAAAAGGGUCUAAAAAGGAAAGCCAAAAGAGAAUUUGUUGGAAGAAGGUAAGUAUAUUUUUCACAUUGUCGUACUGGAAAGACCAUUUGAUUAGGCACAACAUAAAUGUCAUGCACACAGAAAAAAAUGUGUGUGAAUCUCUACUUGGGACUUUGUUGGAUAUUGAGGGGAAAAGUAGAGACACUUUAGCAGCACGCUUUGAUCUUCAAGACAUGAAGAUUAGGCUUAAACAACAUCCUGUGAAAGUAAGAGAGAAAUAUGAAAAGCCAAAAGCACCAUUUCAUAUGGAUACAAAGGCCAAGGAAAAUUUUUGUAAAGUUUUAUCAUCAGUUAAGGUCCCUGAUGGCUAUGCAUCUAAUAUAGCUCGUUGUGUUGAUGUGAAGAAUGGGAAAGUAUUUGGCUUAAAAAGUCAUGAUUGUCACAUUAUUAUGCAACAAUUGAUGCCUUUAGCUGUUAGAAAAGCAUUGCCUAGAGAAAUAAGUGCAGUCUUGAUUGAGGUCAACAACUUUUUUAAGGAAUUGUGCUCUAAGGAUGCUUCCUUCGAUGAUUUUGAGAAAUUAGAACAGAGUGUAAUUGUGACACUUUGUCGCCUAGAAAGGAUUUUUCCUCCAUCGUUCUUUGACAUUAUGGUACACUUAGUGAGUCAUUUAUCAUAUGAAGCGGCCAUUGCCGGUCCAGUCCAAUUUCGAUGGAUGUAUCCAAUUGAGAGGUUUUUGUUCAAGUUAAAAUCUUUUGUGCAUAAUAGAGCAACGCCGGAAGGUUCCAUAGCCGAGGCAUUCAUUGCUCAUGAAUGUAUGACCUUCUAUGCUCAAUACAUGCAAGAAGUUGAAUCCACAAAUAGUAAAUCCACUUCUGAUUUUGAACGCAAAGGGUUGUCUAUCUUUUCAAAUAUGAGUGAAGUUUUAAGAUACGAGGAGAAUAUUCUUUUGAGUCAUGACCAAUGGACCCAAGCACAUGAAUAUGUCUUGUUCAAUUGCGACGAGGUUACAAAAUAUUUAGAAGAGCAUAAGAAGCUUCUUAGGCAACAACAUUUGCAUAUACAACCAUCAGACCUUGAAAAGCUCCACAAAGAAACAUUUGUGAAAUGGUUUCAAGCUAAUGGUGAACGCUUGUGCCAAGAGGAAGAUGAGCAAAUUAGUGAGGAUCUUCGGUGGCUAAGCAAGGGUCCAAGUAGUUUGGCAAGAAAAAUGAAAAAAAAUUGUGCAUAAUGGAUUCAAAUAUCGUACAAAAGAUGU